AUACUCAAUCAUGUAAGGCUGGUGAAUUAUGUCAAUUAAUUCCUGGUUCUGAUGAUUGUCUACCAGGCGUUUUUUGUGUAAAUGGUAUUUGCCAACAAACACUAGCCGAUGGUUGCGUUGUAGGAGGACGACAACGAAAUUGUGCUGAAGAAGAUGA